AUGCGCGGCACAUUACUUCUGCGGUGCGGCGCCGGCGCCGGAAUUGCGCUUCCGAGCUGGAAACCGCAGGAAUUUGGGGCGCAGGGCACUCAUGCAUGGCGGAUGUUUUUCAUCAGCGACUCCGCCGCGGAGGUGGCGAAAUUGGCGGGAGCGACAGCACCGGCGGCGGCGAUGCGCUCGGCGUGGCACGACCUCGCCCUGCACCCCGCCGCGGAUCCGUCCAUUGUGACUUUUGUCUGCGAGAUCCCGAAGGGGACGCGGGCGAAGAUCGAGCUCAAGCCGGAGGAACCGCACAAUCCCCUUGCCCAAGAUGUUGCGAAAAAACAGGAAGGCCAACCGCUGCGUUUCUACACGUAUGGGGACAUUCCUUUUAACUACGGCUUUGCUCCACAAACGUGGGAGGACCCGUUGCUGGUGGACGCCGUGACGAAGUGCGCCGGCGACGGUGACCCGAUAGACGUUGUGGAGGUCUCCAACUCGCCGCUCCCUCGGGGCUCCAUUCGGGCCGUACGCGUGCUUGGUGUCUUGGGGCUCAUUGACGAGGCGGAAACGGACUGGAAGAUUAUCGCUGAGACACUGCGGCCUGACGGCGGUGGCAUGUACGGGAGUCUCCAAAAAGUUCCACAGGAACUCAAGAGCAUCAUUUUUCGCUGGAUGCGUGACUACAAGACCACCGAUGGAAAGAAGCGGAACGAGUUCGUCUUUAAUGGUGAAAUACGUGGCGUAGACGAGGCCCUGGACGUCAUCAGUGCCUGCUCAAAUCAGUACGGUAGCCUCCUCGACGGCACCGUCGAAAACCCGGGGUACUGGCUGCGGUAG